AUGGAAGUUAUUGGAAAAGGAUACCCAGUUAGAUGCCCAGGCUGUCAGAAGACGGUGAAGAAACGGGAUAGAUUUGGGGAUAAAAAAUCAUGUGGAUUUUGUUAUUUUCGAGAGUCUUUUCUAAGAAAAAGUGACAACUCGGGUAUUGAUGACUUCUUAAUAAGAUUUGCAGUACGGAGAAGGUAUCCUUUCUUGGAAUUUAUACCGUACGAGGAGCUUUCAAAUGUUAAAAAAAUUGGACAAGGAGGAUUUAGUCAAGUUUAUAAGGCAACAUGGAAUAGAGGGCGCAUUUGCGUCUGGUAUAGGAAUGGAAAUUUUACUCGAUAUCCACCGGAAACCGUAGCAUUAAAGGUUCUUAAUGAAUCUCAGGAAAUGAACUCGGAAUUUUUGAACGAGCAACAAUUUUUAAAUAGACUUAGAUGUUCCUCAAGAGACAAAAAAUACAUAAUUAAUGUUUACGGAAUUUCGCAAGAUCCUGUACCUGAAAUAAAAGAAAUUAUGAGAAUGGUCGAAGAAUGGAAGAGCAACUAUUACCAACAGUUUAAAGAGGCCGAAGAAGCACGCAAAAAGAUAAUUGAAAGUGGUGCUCCGUUUAUGAAGGAGCAUUAUUCGGAUUCAAUAUAUUAUAGCAAAUUAUUGGAUUCCAUUAUAGAGUCUGCUAGAUCUACUUUAAAUUCAAGAGAUCUUAGUAAUACUCGAUUUAUAGGAACUCCUGAGUAUCAAAUCAAAACGGGUUUGGAAUGUCAACAAGAAAGUGAAUCGACGAAUUUCGAACAAACAGAAGUUUUUUCUAAAUUGAUACCGUACAAGGAAUUUUCGAAUAUAGAAGAAAUUGGUCAAGGCAGAUCAAGUCAAGUUUAUAAAGCGACCUGGUAUAGUAAGACAGUAGCACUAAGGAUUCUUAAUGAAUCUGAAAAUCUUGAUCCUGAAUUUUUAAUAAAGUCGGAAUCCUUGAUUUUUAAGAAGCAUGCGGGCAUAAUUAGAUGUUACGGAAUUUCGCAAGAUCCUACAUCUAUGAACCAUAUCCUUGUUACGGAGCAUAGACUUGAUUUAAGUGCUUACUUGCAAGCUAACUUCAUUAAAAUGACUUGGUUUAACAAAAGAAUGAUUCUAAAUAGUAUCGCUUUACGAAUUAUGACAAUUCACAAAUGGAAUAUAAUUCGUUGGAAUUUACAUAGCGGUAAUUUGUUUGUGGUAAAAGGACGAAAACCAAAUCCUGCAGUUUUAAUUGAUUUAGGAUUUAAUCGAGCUACAAGAGGGUUAAACUUAAUAGAACAAGCCACAAGAAACUUUUACGCGAAUGACUAUCACCAAUUCCAAAAGGCAGAAGAAAAACGCAAAAAAAUGAUAUCAUUUUUAAAGGAAGCAGAACAAAAUCAUCCAAAAUCUGUGUAUCAUACUAGACCAUUAAAUACCAUUAUAGAGAUUGCAAAUGCUAUUCAAAAUUCAGGAGAUUCGUCCAAAGCUAUGAAACAUCCAGGACCUAUAGAAAUUCAGGUAGAGCCUCAAAAAGGAGUAUGUUCUAACUGCAAGAAAAAAAGACAUUACGCGGACUUGCUCAAGAAAAUUUGCAGGCUUUGUUCUUUUGCAGAAUUAUUUCCAAAAAGUAAUAAUCAAGAUAUUAAUAACUUCCUCAUAAAAUCAUCGGAAAAUGAAGGAAGACGCAUUUUGGAAUGGAUAUCAUAUGAAGAUUUUGAGAUUGGUGAGGACAUUGGAUCUGGUGGAUAUAGUAAGGUUUGCAAAGCGACCUGGCACAGAGGACAUAUUAAACGUUGGAUUCCACAAACUGGAGAAGUAGUUCGUUCCGGUCCUGUGGAAGUAGCGUUGAAAGUUCUUAAAAAUUCAAAAGAUAUGGAUUCAAAAUUUCUAAAUGAAUUAGAGAAUUUAUAUAAAUUUAAAUCAAGCGACUUAGGAUAUCGUCAUAUAGUUAAAUGCUACGGAGUUUCACAAGAUCCAAAAAGCCAAAACUACAUUCUUAUUAUGCAAUAUGCAAAUAAUGGGAGCUUGAGAGAAUUCUUGAAAGACAGAUUUCAUAACAAAGCAAAUUGGAACUUCAAAAAAAAGGUUAUACUCUCACUCUUAGAGUCUAUCAAUGAGAUUCAUCGACAAGAAAUAAGAGAAAAUCUAGAUCCCGAUGAACUUCAAGCAGCGGAGGAAAAACGUGAAGAAAUGGUAAAAUUUGGAAUUCCGUUUGUAGAAAAACCGAGAUUCGAACAUCCGAAAUCAGUUUAUUCUAGUAGAUCAUUGGAUUCUCAAAUCAAUUUUUCGAAGACCAUUUUAUCUGAUUCAUCCAAUGCCAAAGAAAUUUUAGAACUCAAUUCCAAUAAUGUUUCGGAGAAUUCCUUGAAAAAACAUGAAAUUGACAAAACAGAUGAUUAUCGUGAGAUCAUAGAUG